UUGGUCUCCAUGGAGACGCUGAACAGAAAGGCGCGUGGAGCUGAAGCGGAUCUCUGAGAUUGAUUCGGAUUAAACGGAGUGUGUAAAUCACAAGGUCAGACAGGCAGUGUGUGAGCAGGUCCGACUGAAGAGUGUGUAAAUCGUCCUGAAGCUGUGAGCGGCGCUUCGUGUGUUGUCUUAUUUCCAGAAUGCGGAGCGAAGCGGUUCCAGACCUGCCAGAAAUAACGAGCGAGAACUUUGAGGAGAGACUGUCCUCAGACUCGGUGUUCGUGGAGUUUCUCAACGCCUUUCUGCUGCUGCCGUCAUUCCUGGAGCCCAUCAGGUAUAACAGUGACAGAGGUGUGUUUGAGGUGGGGGCGGAUGCAGCCGAAAGUCUCUCUGCACAGAUCACGGCUCUACUGAGUGAACUGAAGGAAAAAAGCACAGAUCCAAUGUGGUUCCCAAAUAAACCUUUAGUGGACAACAGCUACAUUGUCUCAUGUUUGGACCAAGCACAGGCCAUGCAGUGGAUCAGAAGAGAGAGACUGCCCUAUUUCCUGCAGAGCGAUUGUUACUUUGAGUACAGAUUGGCCUCAUGUUUGUGUCAGCUGGCCAGUACAAAACAGAAGCUGUUCAGAGAGGAAUCUUCAUGUAGCCCCUCAGCCACAUCACCCAAGCAUGAGUGUGCCACUUCUCUCAACAUGGGACACUCAGACACCCGCAAUGACUGCAGUUCUCCCCACAUAGAGCAUCCGACCAUCAUUUCGAGGCCUGUGGAGGCUACUAAAGGAAAGACAAAAAUAACCCAAAACCUUGAUGUUGUGGAGUUUGAAGUGAGCCUACCAGGACAACACUUGACCCAGCCUGGCAGAGAACAAAGUCCUUCAUGUUCUCCUGAGCUCAGUGAUCAAAUAUUGGAUCCCACUCCAGUUCAGAUGGAUAUUGCAGAGAUACAGAAAGAGAUGGAGGAAGAGAGGAAAAUUUGCUGGGAACUUUGCCAGGAUGCUGGCCAGGACCCUGACCAGAACCAGUGUCCUCACCUGCCUUCAAGUAAAUGUAAAUGUGCUGCAAGGAAACAAUGUGAAAUCUUCCCAGUCUCAGAUAAAAAUGCUCAAACAGACCUACAUACUACAGCCUGUCCUCACUAUGCCACAGGUGGAAACUGCACACUCUCACUUGAUCCUCUCACAAAGCCGACACCCCAGGCAUCUGCCUCCACUGCCCUCUCUGGCCUGAUUCAAACACCGGCAGACAUGGAGGACACCGCAGAGUCAAAAGCUAAUACAAGUGUCCAUGGCAGCAGACAAGUCUUUCUGGAUUUUAAGAGCUUUCUACUUGGCCGACCUGGAGAGAAGAUACUAAAUUUGUGGAUGGACAUGGAGCGCCUGAAAACUCUACACAACCUAGAAACCAGGAACAGGCAUUUGGUUUGGAUGAAAAAUCAGUACCUGCGGAGCAGUAGCCCGACAGCAUUGAGUAUGGAGUUCCUUUCCAGACUGGAUCUUACCAGCCCCCCAUGCUGGACAGAGGACAGACUGCGCCUUAUUCAGCCUAAUGUCACUGAGGUCCUGCUGCUCUACUGGGGUCAGCGAUUCAUUAUGUCCCACUUGCAUACUGAAAGGAGGAGCACAAAGUUUCUGUGGAUAUGCUGGGAUUGCCAGCUUUCUCUGCUGGGGCUAGACUCCUGCCCCCGCCACCCCAGCCCUCUACUCUUGCACUCUGCCUGUUGUUUUCCAUCAGAGGCCUCUUCUGCGGGUGGCAGUCAUUGCAGUGAGAUGGAGAGGAUGGUGCAGGCAUUGUAUGUAGAGCCCAAGGCUGGGUUCUUCUUCACACAUUUCUGUCAAAACUCAGGGAAUCAGCUAUGGAUGAAUGCAGCUCAGUUCUACAGAGAACUGCAGGAGUAUCGUCAGCUGUUCUACCAACCCACACUGGAUCCCUACAGAGUACGGCACAAGGCCCAGCUGAUAUAUGCGACAUACGUGUGCAGUGCUGCUGGGAGGAAUGUGGGUCUGGGGGAACAGUGCAGGCAGCACAUCUUCACCCAUCUCAUUCCUCCAUUUGAGGACCUGUUUGAUGAAGCAGAAGAGCACAUACUCUACUUGCUUCUUGAGCCGUGGACAAUACUGACCCACCAGGACAUGAGCACAUUCCACAAAGUAGCUGUGUGGGAGGAGGAACGCUUUGUGGAACCUGACCUCUAUAAGACACUGCAGAGCCUAUACACACAAGCACAGUACCGAAAGCAGCAGUGUGCACAAGAGCGCAGGCCUCCACCACCACCACCAGCCAAGGGGGCUAAAGAUCCUGACCCCUGGGCCCAGGUUCCACAUCAGUUCCGACGCUACCGCUUGGGCACUUUGCUCCGGAAUCGAAUGGAACUCCAGCACUUCCUGGCAUUUCUGGAAGAAAACUUUGCUAGUAUGGACCUGCUCUGCUGGUUGGAUAUUGAGCAAUUGAAAAGGACCCCUAAUGAUGCGGCAGGGUGGGGGGAGAAGUGCAGGAAUAUCAGGACUCAGUACCUCAGCCGCAAAUAUCUGUUUGGUCCCAGCAGCCCUGCAAAUAAGCAGCAACAGACUGAGCUGCUGCGUCUGGCUGGUGGUUGGGCGCGCUUGCAGUGUGAGCCUCUCUCUAUGUCCGUGCUGUCCGAAGGUCAGUCUCUGGUCAGGAGCCGUAUUGAAAGAAAAUGGUUACCGCUGUUCCUCUCCACUGAAGAGUUCUUCAAACGCCAGAAAUUACAGACUGAUCUUGAGGACGUGGUGGAAGACCAGCUGUUUCUCCGCUACAAAAAGAAGAGGCAGGUGUGGAAGCAGGUGAACGGGGGGCUGAUGAACUCAUCUCAGGAGGUCUUGGCCCUGCGCAGAGCACUGCUCAACCCCAUCACCUGCCUACACUUCCGCCUCUUUCUCUCAAUGAGAGGCGAGUUGCUGGAAAACGACCUCCUUUUCUGGUUGGAGGUGCAGAGAUACAAGGAUUUGUGUCACUCUCACUGUGAUGAGGCAACCGUACAGCAGAAAGUCUCCACCAUCAUCAGCUGUUUUAUCGACUCCUGCAUCCCCCCCAGAGUGCAGAUCCACCUCCCCCCUGAGCAGGCUCAGCUCAUCCUGCAGAACAAGAAUAUGCUUGGCCCCUACAUAUUCAGAGAGGCUCAGAUGUGUGUGUUCAGUGAGCUCCUGAAACACUGGCAAGCGUUUGUGGAGUUCAGGAGCAACAUGUGUGAAGAGCAGGUUGUGUCUGAGCUAAAGAAGAGGAGGAGCGCAGAGAGGGAGAGACGGAUGAGAAGAGAGAGGGAUCAACAGGAUGAUGGGACACCAGUGGUGCUGCAGGGGGAGCGGGGCAGCGUGAUAGAAGGACUGAUGGAGGAAGCCAGUAUGUAUGGAGGAGGAGAGGAGGAUGAAGAAACAGAAGAGUAUGAGAGAGUGAAUGCUGCAGGACAGCAGUUGUCUUGGUCCUACUCCAAAUACCUGGCUGCUCUAGAGAGAGAGGAGAUCCUGAUACGCACUCAGGCACUGCAAGAGGAGGGAGCAGAUUUGAGCUCUGUGCACAGUGUGAGAUCAAAAGCUCUCACACGCUGCCAGCCCUCCUCUGGAAAAAACGCACUCUCACCAUCCAGAACACACACACCACAAAGAGCACCUCAGCACCACUCACAGCCACCAUGGACCCUCACCAAUUUGCAUACCGCUCCAACAGAUCCACAGAUGACGCCAUUGCACUAACGAUAUGCACUGCUCUCACGCAUCUGGACAGAAAGGAUUCUGUUCAGAGACUACAGCUCAGCAUUCAACACAAUCAUCCCUGCCAAACUCUUUCCUAAGCUCACAGACUUGGGUUUGAACUCUCAUAUGUGCAACUGGAUACUGGACUUUCUGAUGAGCAGACCCCAGGUGGUGAAAGCUGGGAUCAGCUACACUGACUCUGAGCACAGGGGCUCCCCAGGGAUGUGUGCUCAGCCUCCUCCUGUACUCCCUGUAUACACAUGGAUGUGUAGCCAAAUGGUGCUUGAUGACACCACCAUCCUAGGCCUCAUCACUGAUGGGGAUAAAACAGCCUACAGAGACGAGGUCAGCGCUCUGUCAGAGUGGUGCCAUGACAGCAAUCUCUGUCUCAACAUCAGCAAAACAAAGGAGAUGAUAGUGGACUACAGGAAACAGCAGAGGAGUGGUCACUCUCCCCUAUCCAUCAAUGGAGCCGAAGCGGAGACAGUCAGCAGUGUGAAGUUCCUCGGCAUACACCUCACUGAUGAACUCACCUGGACCCACCACACCAACACUAUUGUGAGAUCUGCCCGCCAGCGUCUCUUCGUUUGGUCUGCCUCCUCAGAUCCUCACCAACCUCUACAGGUGCACCAUAGAGAGCAUCCUCACGAGCUGCAUCACUGUCUGGUACAGCAGCUGCACCGCCUGCAAGUGCAAGGCCAUUAGAGGAGUGGUGAGGCAACAAACUAUCACAGGCAACAAACUACCAGCCUUACAGGACGUCUACCAGUCCUGCUGCCUCAGGAAGUUCAAAAAGAUCCAGUCAGACAGAAGCCACCCAGGAAACGGCCUGUUCACCAUCCUGCCAUCAGGCAGGAGAUUCCGCAGCAUCCAGGCUAGAACAACCCAGCUAAUGAACAGUUUCUACCCAAAGGCUGUCAGGCUUCUGAACAAGCCGUGAAGCUGUGGGAUCGUCCCCAACUACCAUUUCAC